GUUGCCGUAGUGCGUCACAUGUUGACUGGUGUUGCUAGUUAAUGCCACCGAAAGCUUAACACAUUUUUAGAAAGCCAAAGGCAAAAACGAAAAGGUAUUGAGAUAAAUGCUCUGUCGUUGUUGGUACUGUGUACAUUUAUUUGAAAUGUCGUAAUAUCUUUGAGAAUUGUUGGAUAAAACACUCUUGUUAGGGUUUUUUUGUAUUCUGAGGGGCUAAUGUAGCUCACUUGUUUGCUAGCCAGGAAGAGUUGACAUCUCACUGUUGGCUUCAUCUUAGCUAACACAGUCAACGGAGGAGCUGACUUAAAGAGAGCUCCAGAUGCGGCUAAAAGACCCCUUCUCUUUGAAAGCCGCCGAUAUGACUAAGCGGACUAAUAAACCGAGGAAACCUCGAGAUGAGGAGUCAUCAGAUGAAGUCAGUGGACUGACUUGCCAGCAUGUGAGUAAAGCAGUGGACCUGAGCUCGGUAAAGAAGUCGGUCCUCUCCAGUGUGUGGUCGGUUUGCUCCGAGUGCCUGAAGGAGAGGACAAUGAUCGACGGAGAGCCAGCUGCAUCCCACGACAUCCUGGUGUGCCUAAAGUGUGGCGUUCAGAGCUGCAACCAGUCAGGGAUCCAGCAUGCUGUCAAACACCACCAGGCUUUUCAUCCAGAGUCACACUGCAUCACCAUCAGCUUGAGCACGUGGAAGGCCUGGUGUUUUGAGUGUAAUGAGGAGCUCUCUACUCACUGCAACAAGAAGGCUUUGGCGCAGACCCUUGACUUUUUACAAAAGCAUUCUGUCAAGGCAACAUCAGCAGCAUCACCCAAGAUCAUCAAACUGCGAGAGGAACCAUCAGACUAUGCUGACCCGCCCAGAGGCAAAAGUUCAGGGAUCAACAGCACUUUGGUUCCUGUUAAGGGAAUCAAUAACCUUGGUAACACCUGCUUCUUCAAUGCUGUUAUGCAGAACCUGUCCCAGACACACAUGCUGAUUGACCUCAUCCAGGAAGUGAAGGAGAAAGGGUACAAACUAAGGAUCUGCCCCCCUGUUGAGACCAAUCUGAGCCAGCUGACAGUAGCGCUGCCCAGUCCAGAGCCGCUGACUGCUGCAAUGUUUCUGUUCCUCCAGAGCAUGAAAGAGUCAGGAAAAGGUCCCAUCAACCCCAAAAUCCUCUUCAACCAGCUUUGCCAGAAAGCUCCACGCUUCAAGGGCUACCAACAGCAAGACAGUCAGGAGCUUCUGCACUACCUACUGGACUCUAUACGAGUAGAGGAAACUAAAAGGGUGAAAGCAGGCAUUCUGAAGGCUUUCAACAAUCCCACAGAGAAGACGGCAGAUGAGGAGACCAAACGCCAAGUCAAAGCGUAUGGAAAGGAAGGCGUGAAGAUGAACUUUGUUGACCGCAUCUUCGUAGGCGAGCUUACCAACACGAUUAUGUGUGAGGAGUGUGAGCAUAUCUCCACAGUAAAGGAGGCCUUCAUAGACAUCUCUUUACCCAUCAUAGAGGAGAGGAUAUCAAAACCUUCCAACCCUGGUCGGCUGGGGAAGAGCAGCCGUGAGCAGGACACUCAUGGAGCUCACAAUGACCAGGUUCUUUCUGCAGCACACUCCGUCAACAGAAAUACCAGGAAGCUGAGUGGACAGAGGCAGCAGAGCAGGAGAUCUUCCAGUUCUGUGGAGGAGAGAGGAGCAGUCUGUGGUGCAGAGCGACCGGAGGACGAAGGGGUCGCUGGUGGAUCAGCUCGUGGCGUCUCGGUCUGUAAAAUGGCAGCUGCUGGCAGCCUAUCAGAUGGCAGCGAAAGAGAAUCGGGUGCUCAGGACAGCAGUAACGACGCUGACAGCGAGGCCUCUGAGAGCGAGUGGACCCCACGGGCCUCCUCCAGCCACAGCCACGGACAUAUGUCCACCCCAUCAUCCACUUCCACCCUCACGCCGUCCCCAACGCCUGUCUCCGCCUCCUCCCCCUCUUCAUCAUCCUCUGCUAGGCAAGGUGGCGCUGUAGAGCAGCUGGUUACUGCAGUUUCCAAAGUCAACCUGGGCUUCAGCUCUGGGGACUGCUCCACUUCCACACACUGUUCUCCUGAGGAGCAGGGAGAAACACAAACCCGAGAUAACCUGCACCAUCAGCACCACCAGGGAGCGUUCCAGGUGCUGUCCCACAGUUACACCCCCAGCUCCAAGGAGUGCUCCAUCCAGUCCUGCCUCCACCAGUUCACCUCUGUGGAGCUGCUGAUGGGCAACAACAAGCUGCUGUGUGAGAGCUGCACUGAACGUAGGCAGAAGCAAGUACGCAAGAGCAGCUCAGCAGAUAAGAAAAUGGAGAAGAUUUACACCAGUGCUAGGAAACAGAUGCUGAUAUCCUCGCUGCCUCCUGUCAUCACAUUGCAUCUUAAACGCUUCCACCAGGCCGGGAUGAACCUACGAAAGGUGAACCGCCAUGUUGACUUUCCUCUCAUACUGGAUCUGGCUCCAUUCUGCUCUGCUUCCUGCAAGAACUUGGCAGCCGGUGAGCGUGUCCUCUACAGCCUUUAUGGGAUAGUGGAGCACAGCGGCUCGAUGCGUGGCGGACACUACACCGCAUAUGUAAAAGUGCGCGCUCCCCAGAGGAAAACGGAACAGCACCACAAGAACCUGUCAGGUGCGAGGGAUGCCAGCAGCAGCUCCCAGGGCCAGUGGGUGUACGUCAGUGAUACCACCGUUCAGACGGUACCGGAGUCAAGGGUACUCAACUCUCAGGCAUACCUGCUCUUCUACGAGGAAAUGCUGUAACGUCUCCUGUGAAAGUCUUUCUCCUGAGAUGUCUGUUUGGCUUUGUUUGUUCUUCUGAAGCCUCUCCAGCUCCUCUUACUGUAGCUGUGACAGUUCAGAGGCAAGAAAAGGGAAAGACUUCACUCUAAACUCAUUUGUCUUACUUAUAUUGGCACUUCUAAAUAUCAUAGACAUAUAAACCAUAAACAGAUUUUAAAGUUACUUUCUGGUUUGUAGCCCAGAUUUUCAUUAAUGUUUCCUAUUUUAAGAAUCCUGUUCUUUAAAAGGAGGUCAGGAGAAAAGCGUGUUCUUGAACCUGAGCUGUUCCAAAGCUUUGGUCUGAUCUCGGUCAUUGUCACACGCCGGGAUAGAAGCUGCAUGAUGGAAUUUGCUACGAUGCCUAACUGGAAACAAGCAGGAUUAUCGCAUGUUAAACUGCACUCAGCGCUGACUAGUUGAUGUCAGUUGUGUGUGUGUGUGUGUGUGUGUGUGUGAGAGAGUGUGUGUUUACAUGUGGAUGAAUGACAGACAGGUGAAUGUAGAUUAGAGGUGCUGUGUGUGCCAUUUUCACAUCAGUAAAUGAUUGUUGCAUUGAAUCACAGUCAGCAGUGUAGUUGCAUAAUUUCAUAUUUACACUCCUGAAGAACCCUGGUUCCUCACAAAAUGUUUUACAUUGAGAGGCAGUGACUCAGAUUUACUGUGUUCCAGAUAAUUAUGCAAAUAUGAUUUUUCGUUAUUGUGAAGAGGCUUUUUGCUUAAUUUGACUAAAUCUGCUUUUUUAC